AUGGACUUACUUACUCGUCGCAAGAACGAAAGCAAAUCGUAUCUGCACCAAAAAAUGUGCACCACACCUUCAUCUCCAUCCAGUUGUUACCCAAACAAUACUUGUCAAAAUCAACAGUCAUGGCAUUUGCAUCGUACAGUAAAAGUAGAAAGUUAUGACGAACAAUCUACUUCCGAUCUGAUGGAUUAUCAGGAGCAGACUGGUUGGCUUUCUUAUCAGCAGACAACCUCUUGUACUCAGUUCGAAACUGGAAAUGCUUCUUUGUUCUCACGAUAUUUCGGCACCAAAGAUAGUGGACUUUUGUGUUGCGCAGCUAGUGUUGUUUCUAAUCCACCUUGCAGUCAGAAAACUGAAGAUUUAGUUAUUCCAUUACAGCAAAACAUGCAACAACAACAUGAAGGUCUUGUUCGACAAGACUUUUCAACCUGUGCUCCUUCGUUCACACAUUUAUUACCGACACAGGAAAAUGGUUAUUCAUAUACUAACCAGCAAAUUAAUGCAGUAAAUGAAACUAGUAAUUAUUUAGUGGCAUCUCACACAGAUGCUUCAAAUCAAAGUCAGAAUACGCUUGCACAGGUACUUUACAUGAAGAGUCAGCGAUUGCGAGUUCAACCUCAUAUCCGACCCAAGCCAUCGGAUGUUGCAUUCAAUAUGAAGGAUUGUCCACCUCCAGCACCACUGCCUGAAGCAUGGUGCCAUGCAUACUACUACGAGCUUAAUCAACGAAUUGGUGAACCUUUCAAAGGUGGCACUUCUCAUGUCAUAGUUGAUGGCUUUUGUGCGCCUUCUGAAGCAGAAAGAUUUUGUCUCGGAGCUUUGGCAAAUGUGAAUAGAAAUCCUGGUGUUGUAAAUGCUAGACGUCAAAUCGGGCGAGGAGUUCGGAUUUUUCGUCAGAAUGAAGAUGUUUAUGCGGAAUGUUUGAGUGAAGCACCAGUAUUUAUCCAAAGUCCCAUACACGCUAUAAAAUCUCAUGACCAUCCAGCUACUGUUUAUAGGCUACCAUCAGGGCAUGUUAUGCAAAUUUUCGACAAUGAAUCGUUCGAGAGAUUAUUAACCCAAUCAACUAGCCAGGGUUUCCAUGCAGUCUAUUCCCUUCAGAGGAUGUGCCAUAUGCGAAUAAGCUUUGUCAAAGGAUGGGGUGAGCAGUAUAAACGGCAAACAAUAACAUCAACACCAUGCUGGGUGGAAAUCCACUUAGCUAUACCGUUGCAAAAGCUUGAUCGUGUUCUCAGCCAAAUACCAGGCCCUAAUGAUCCCAUUCACAGUUUCACAUAA